CAAACACUUUUAUUCCUUCACUUUGUGACAACGACGCGCACCUUCGAUAAAUACAGACAUUUUAUGACAAAAGCAGUUAUUUCAAGACAACACCAGGAGACGGUUAGGUUGUGUCCCCAGGUCGCCACGAAGAGUGGUAAAAUUGUGAAAUAGCAGUUCUCUUCUGGUCGUCAUGAAGCUUGGUUCAAUUCUACCUACCUUGUUGCUGAGAUCGUGCAUCUCCUGCCUCGACGCGGCUCAUAUUGACUGGACACCUGAUGAAGGUUUAGACUUUCAGCUGGUAACAGUUCGCGAAUUGCCGCAAGCUGCCGUUAGGGGUCGGGUAGAACGAGGAUUGGAUGAAAAUCUCGCUACAAGACGGUACCAAUUUGAUGCCUAUAGUAAGCACUUCGAUCUUCGGUUACAUAGGAACAGUCGCAUUGAUAUCAAUAGCAUCCCAGUGUAUUAUGUGGCGGACGACGGGAGUAUCCUGAAGAAAGAAGAAGAGAGUGAAGAUGAUUUCGUCUUGUACCAAGAUAAGGGUAGUAAUGCGGCUGUUGGCAUGUCUGUUGUGGCGGAUAAAGAGAAAUUGGAGGGUUUUGUUGUUGACGGUGACACGAUGUACGAGUUGAGGCACGUAGCAGACGAUAACUACCACGUGGUGCGGAAGAAAAUUGAAAGCAUAAACGCAGUCGACGGCAGGGGUUUCAUUGAUACAGACACGGAAGUUCGACAUUUUGGCGGAACGAAGGAAGGAAACGCUCAAGAACGUCGGUCCGCUAAAACGAUUUCUCUUCCCGAACCACCGUUACUCCGAACCAAAAGACAUGGAAAGAAGACGAAAAAAACAAAAACCAAGAAGAACAAAAAAUCACCCAAAGCGAAAGGCUCACCCAGGUUCAGUGGGAACCAUAUUGACGCCUGCGUUGAACUUCUUAUUCUCAGUGAUGACUCGAUGUGGGAUUUUUAUAUGGCAAGGAAUGACCAGAACGUCGACAAAACUGAAUGGGAAUUGAAACGGCUUUAUGCUCAAACCACGAAUAUGCUGGACCUCACUUUUCAAAGAAUAGAAGAUCCAGAUUUGAAUAUCCACGUGGUGUUGUCAGCUUAUGUCAUUGUAACGAACUCCUCCCAGGCACCCGGCUUCGGUAGAUAUACUUUCCCUGGAGAACCGGAGAGAUUGGACAGAGUUCUGGUUGACGGAUACGAAACUUACGAUUAUUGGAGAGAAUUCCUACAAAAAUCUUAUAACUCAUUUCCAAAACACGACCAUGGCAUGGCUUUUACAAGGCGAGAUAUAACAAGCCGUACACCGGAAAAACCUUACCUUCUCGGUCUAGCUAAUGUGGGUGCAAUAUGUAAUGGAGCUGGUUCCACGUCUCUUGUUGAGGAUUCCGGACUGUUAUCCUACUUGACGGCAGCACAUGAAUUAGGCCACAGCCUUGGAGCUCUUCAUGACGUCACUCCUGCCUGUCAAGGGUACCUAAUGGCUGCCUCUGUUUUUGAGCUCAAUGUGACGACUCUUUUUCAACUUUAUAAGUUCUCCUCUUGUUCCAUAGAGAAAUUUAAAGAAACCCUGACAAAUGCCUGUUGUCUCGCUGACGGUGGACAGUACGAAAAUGAGAAGGAGUAUAAACAUUUGACGAAAAAGCUUCACGGUGACCAAUACGAUGCAGACGAACAAUGUCAGCUGGUAUUUGGAAACGAGUCGAAAGCAUGCACGCCUAUCGAAUCUCCAGAAUUUUGUCAUUUUCUACUAUGCAAUACUACGACAACAUGCCAUAACCAGCUGAAUCCGAUGGAUGGCACUUUCUGCGGAAAAGGAAAAUGGUGUAUAGAGGGCGACUGUGUAAGUAAAAGGGCGCCUCUUCCCUCGCACUAUACUCAACGACGCGGGGCUAGUGGUGAACCGACUUCUUGGUGUUCAGAAGUACGGCGGAAAUGACGGGAAUAUAAAGACUUGUAAAAUGCCCAGAGAAUACCUCCAUACGCCAUAGGCCUACCAAAUUUCUUUUAUUUGUAGUCCAGGAAAUACAUGUAUGUGCGAGCACUAUAUUGUUACAGUGUCAUUGGGAAAAGUAUAUAUAGUGGGUAUUGACGGUUUCUAUCAAUACUACCCGGAACACGGUCCAAGACAAGAUCCACAGGACAAGAAAGGGAAAGGUGGAAUAUAUUGUUUUAUGCUGCAUUCUAUUUCUUAAACGUGUUGUCAUAGCACAAACUUAUA